AUGAGUGAGAAUGGCCAAAUGCAAGAAACCAAGGUGGAAAACAAGACUCCUUCGGUCGUUGCUGUAGAAGCAAAGCGGCCAGCAGCGGCUCUCCCGGUGGCACAGAUCCCAGAGGCAAAACGUGUCAAAGUAGAACCAGUAGCAGCUACCCCUCCAGCACUUGUUCCGGUGGUAGCACCACCAAUCGAGAAGCCAGCUACAGCUACUGCCCCCGUACAAAUCACAACAUCUGAGGCUCCCAGGACUACGGCUGUUCCCCCACCAAAAAUUGCAGUUCCUCAGGUACAAGCCACUGCGGAAGCCAACAAAAUUCUGGCUGUCCAAGCGACUGUGCAAACGGCUGUGCAAACGACUGUGCCGCCUCCAGUGGUGGCGACUGUGACAACUGCGACAACUGCAGCCCUGCCAAAACCAGUGGAAGAAAAGAAAACAUCCGAUGGAAACAUUCAAAGAAGGGCGAGUCUCCCGGCCCCCGUAUCGACGACAACAGCUGCAUCCGCUCCAACUGUUUCGACAACUGCUGCAACCCCCCGCACUGCAGCUCCACCUGCAACUGCUCCGUCGGCAAGUGCCCCAUCACAACAGCUCGUACAAGCUCGGCCAGCAUCAGGACCAGCUCCGAAACCUGAAGGGGUGCCUCCUUUGAAAGCCCUGAAAAUGUCUCAUUUACGGACCAAAUACACGGGGGAACUCGAAUAUAUGCUGCGAGAAUUCCGAAAACUUGAGCGCCAGCUCUUGGGAGCCAAGGGGGCCACACAAAUCGAGGAAUCUGCGGGGUCCAGAGAAAGACGAGAAAAACUACACUCAUUCAUCCUUCACUUGGAAGACACCAUACGACAAAUUGAUCUGGGUUGUAGGCUUGAAGCAGAAGGGAAAAGUACGGUCAAUGUGGGCGUUGGCAGCCCUCAUACGGCUGUGCAAAACAUUAGAAACAACAAGGCUAUGGAGGAGCAAGCAAAGAAACAACGGGCCGACUCGGUUAGCCUAGCCAAUCUCACGGAAGAAAAGGAAGAGGAAGAAAACGUUCAAAAACUGGAAGAGCACAUUCUUGCCAAUCUGUUGCCUGUCAAAGUGAGGCUCAAGAAACAGCUAGCAGCCCAGCAAGGAGCAACUCGCAAUCCGGCUGGCAUGCCAGCCACACGACGUGGAAUGCUACAGCCUUCGGAUGCGGACCGAGGCAAGGGGACCUUUGCGGCAGCGGCGGAGCAAAAGCGGAAGGAAGCCGAAGCUUUGGCGGCUGCUCAACAGCAGCAGCAUCACCAACCUUUACCUCCAGCUGAACCAGUACCCCAGGACAAGACCCAUUUUGGCAAACCUUUGGGUCGAAGAGGAUCGUCGUUGACCCAAAAGCUCCACGGGCAGACGCUGGGGUCUCAAGGAAGGAAGCAUGGUCACGGCGUUGGUAACUCGCAGCCAUCGAGUGAGGAUGAUCCGAAGGUAUUGUGUGCUGGUGUGGCUCCUGGGAGCGCACAAGUUGCAUCGGGAGUACAACUUGCCCAUCAGAUGCACAGUACAGUCGCUGAACCUCCACGCGUACAAAAGGUGGAGGCACCUCCAAAGAAGGCUGCUGCUCCUCCACCACGACCCCCUCAACCUCCGACCAAAGCAGUGGCUGUUGCUCCAGCGCCGCCUCCUCCGCCGGCACCUGCACCGACAGUCGUCGUGGUGGCCAAGCCACAAGCUGUUACAACCAAAACAAAAGCUUCACAGCCGUCUACAAAGACACCCACCACGGCUAAGUCGGGUGCAAAGACUUCGAGUCAGCCAAAGGCGCCAAAGGAUGCUCCCCCACAGCCGCCGGGGAUCGCUCCAUCGGCUACUGCUAUAUUGAUUAAAAAGAAGCUGGAAGAUCCGACAAUAACGGACGAAGAACGUAAGAAGCUAAGACGAAAACUGAAGAAGAAAUUAUUGCUACGGCGGGCACGUCGGAGAGAGUAUGAACGCCAACGACAGGUGGCCAUGCAACAGUCCGUGCAGGCUCAGGGGGCAUCCAAAGCGGGUGGGGGCAGAAAGAAAGUGAUUGGAGGAAAGAUGAAUGGGAAGAAGAGGGGACCUCGGAGCGUAGAGUACAUUUGUGCUCUAUGUAGUGAAGCAUACAGCUCCGUAUGCGAAUACAAUCCGUGGUGGGCACUAGCACAGCAUGAAUGUCCAAAAUGUAGGAAAACGCAGAUCCCUCGUGUCGAUAUCAGCGCUCCAGCUAAUGCGAUCGAAUAUCAUCCAGCGCUACUUGCUCACGCCGAUGAUAACGGAGCAAAUGCCGCUGCCGCGGCAGCUGCUGCAGCCGCUCCCGCGCCUGUCACAGCGGAGAGUUCGAAUACGGCGGUGCAAGUCAAUCAGAUACCGCCGACGACAAAAUACGCAAUGAGUUCAGUACCAGGAGAAAUGAAGUUUGGAAGUGAUUCUGAAUUUGGAUCGGAUCUCAGUGACAUUACUGAUGGCAAUCUUUCCGACAUCUCGCUUGAUUCCAACGAUUCAGACGCCGAUGUCUUAGCAUCGAUGACGCCAGCUGAAAAGGCAGAGCACGAGAAGUUUGGUUCUGAAUACAAGGGUCCCAACCUAUCCGAAUCCGAAGCAGCUCGGAUGCUUGUCCUAAUGCUACACGCAAGUGGUUGUCCUUGCAGGCAUAAGAAUCAGCAGCAGAGAGAUGUUUGCAAGAGCACGAAGUAUUUGAUGCUUCACAUUCGCGACUGCCCAGGGACGACAUCUACUUUUGAUGUAUGUCCUUUUCCUUGGUGCAGAAAGAUGAAACAUUUGCUGUAUCACUUGGUGUCGUGCACGCAGCCAAAUUCGUGUGCAAUUUGCUCGCCCGCGAACUUGUCUCCAGGGAUGAAGAAUCUCACUGGCCUUAACGAGCAUCGCUUGAAGCGCCAACGUGAACAAAUGAUAGCAGCACUCAAAUCAGGCGCUGCGGCCCGUCAACAAAACGUGGCAGCUCCAUAUCCUCCAACCGUGGUUCCUUCGUCCAAGAAACCCACUACACAACAACGGGCUCCAGUGAACAGCGCGCCCCCUGCUAAGCCCAAGGCAACCACGAAUCGCGCGACUAAGGCUCGAGCCGCCACGAAAGCAACAAAACCAGCAGCGAGUGCCGCCAGGAGACCAAGCGUUGACCCAGCGAGCGCACCGACUAUCCUGAGUGCAGCCACCGCCUCACCAACUGUCGUGACCGCAACGACAACGCAACCUGCACCUGUCCCAGUCAGUGCUGUGUCAUGUUCCGUGGCGUCGGCUCAACCAGCAGCAGCAACGACAACAACAAUUCAAGCCCCAGGACCAACUGUAGUUAGUACGCAGCAAACGCCAGCUGUAAACCAGCAACAGAUUGCUGCUAAACCACCCGUUGCGACACAAGCCAAUGGCCCUGUGGUUCACCAGCCCGGUCAAUCCAUUGCGCCUGCAACUGUUGCACCACAAAAUGCCUCCGCUCAAGUUUCAGCUGUCGCGCAGCAGCCAUCAAAGCCGCCAGUGCCGCCACAAACAACAAGACAUCCUGGCGCUAUGAUAUUGCCAGCUGCACCCGCACUGAACAGAUCAGUGGCACCGCAGACAACAAGACAUCCUGGCGCUGUUGUGGUAUCGCCACCGUCAGUACAAGCUGCAACAGCUGGUGCGACGCAAGCACAUAGGACGACAAGCAAUGCAGGGCAAGUUGCUUCUCAGCAGCCACCUGCAUCGAACCCACCUGUAGCCCAGGUAAAGACACAACACCCUGGUGCUAUGGUAAUGUCACCUUCAAUUCCAACUCCGACAGCACGUGUCGCGCCAGCGCAUCAGCCACCGAGCAAACCAGGGCCAACUACAGCUUCUCAGCAACUACCUGCAUCAAACCCACCCGUGGCUCAGCUGAAUGCCAGACCCCCUGGGGCCAUUGUAUUGCCCCCUUCAGCACCAGCAGCAACAGGUCCAGUUGCAACCCCUGGUACCGGUACUGCUCAGGUGGCCCAUAGUGCAUCUAUAAUGCACAAGCCUACCGUUGUUGCGCAAAUUACAGCACCUCAGAAGACACAGCCCACUGCUGUGGUCAGAACAGCACCAGCAGCUACAGGUUCAGUUGCAACCUCUGGCACAACACAGAUUUCACAGAAUGCAGCAAUACUGCCCAAGCCUACCAGCACUUCUGUUGUUGCUUUAACCCCAGCAAUGCAGAAGCCGCAGUCCACUACUGUAGUAAGGACUGCAUCUGCACCUGCAGCUACAGGCGCAGUUGCUGCCUCAUCCAUAUUGCCCAAGCCUACAACUACUUCAAUUGCAGCUACAACUACAGCAGCUCUAAUGCCACAACCUGUUACUGUGGCAAGGACAGCACUGGCGCCAACAGCUUCGGGGCCAGUUGCAACUAUUUCUUCAACCGUGGCUGCAACUACAGAAGCUCGAAAGCCACAAUCUACUACUUCGGUCAGGACAGUAUUGGCACCUGCAGCUACCGGCCAGGUAACAGCCUCUGGCACCCAGCCCACGCCCACCACAGCAACUACAGCAGCUCAGAGAGCACAAACCACUACUGUUGUAAGGACAGCAUUGGCACCUGUGAUUGCAGGCCAGAUUGCAGCCUCUGGCGCAUCACAAGUUAGUCAGAAUGCAUCAAUAUUGCCAAAGCCUACCAGUACUUCAGUUGGAAAUACAAACCCAGCGCCACAGAAGCAACAACCCGCUCCUGUGGUAAGGACAGCACAGGCACCAACAGCUACAGUCCCAGCUUCAGCCUCUGGCACAGCACAGGUGGUGGUCCAGAAGGCAUCGAUGGUGCCCAAGCCUGCCACUACUUCAGGGGUAGUUGCACCUGUGGCACCUCAGAAACCGCAACCCACCAUUGUCAUUACGUCGGCACAAACAACAGUAGCACAAGCUCCAGCCCCAGCCUCUGGCAACUCAGUUGUGGUUCAGCAUGCUUCGAUGGUGCCUAAACCUACCAAUACUGUAGUUGCAGCUACAAGUGCAGCUGUUGUACAUCAGAAACCACAACCCAGGACAGCACCUGCACCAUCAGCACCAGUUCCAGUUGCAAAUUCUGCCACAAAACCUGUCACGCAGAAUGCUCCGAUAACGCAGAAACCUACCAUUGUUGCCACUGCGGCACUCCAGAAACCACACCUCAAACCCAUGGCGGUGGCAGCACCAGCAGCACCAGUUCCAGCUACGAUGUCUGCCACAAAACCUGUAACACAGAAUGCUCAGAUGGUACCGAAACCUACCAUUGUAGCCAAUGCGGCAGAACCAGUUCCAGCUGCAACAUCUGCCACAAAACCUGUCACACAGAAUGCUCCGAUGGCACCGAAGCCUACCAUCGUUGCCCAGAAACCACAACUCACGGCUGUGGUAGUGGCAUCACCAGCAGCACCAGUUCCAGCUGCAACAUCUGCCACAAAACCUGUCGCACAGAAUGCUCCGGUGGUACCAAAACCUUCAAUUGUUGCCACUGUGGCAUCCCAGAAACCACAAGUGGCAGCACCAGUUCCAGCUGCAACAUCUGCCACAAAACCUGUCACACAGAAUGCUCCGAUAAUGCAGAAACCUACAAUUGCUGCCACUGCGGCACCCCAGAAACCACACCUCACAUCUGUGGCAGCACCAGCACCCACAGGUCCAGUGGCAACCCCUGCCACAACUCCUGUUGUUGUGAACAUUGCAUCCACAGUGUCGAAGGCUACAAGUACUGGGGUUGCGGCUGCAGCUGCAGCCUCAAAAACAUCAAAUCAACCCGCUGUUGCUCAGGUAUCUGCUACAUCGGCACCUGCAAAUACUGGGAAUCCCGUACAGGUACAGAGGACUGCUGCCACAGCGCUGAAUAAAUCUGCCCAAAAGCUUCCAGUGGCAAACCCUACUGCAACAGCAUCUUUGCCUCUCCAGCAACUGCCAGCAGCGGCUUCGGGUACAGGAACAGCUGCAACCCACAACGUUCAAAGCCCCGUGGCACCAACCGCGUUGCAGAUGACUGCAGUCUCAGCCACUUCUGCAGAGAAGCCAACACAAGAACCGUUGCCGUCUUCUGCGACAAGUGCUCCUUCUUCAAAAGUAGCCCAGCAGGCAAAAAGUGCAGCUACUUCGCAGCCACAAACCACGAUGGCAAAUGCAGGAUCUAAGCCAAACCAAACGGCUGCCGCUUCGGGGGUCUCCGCUGCCACCCCAACGCCAAUAGCAGUUAGCACCAACGGAGAUCAGUCACCAGCCGUGGCAGCCACUAGAGUCGCAACCCCAACGAUGACAGGGGCAGAGCUGUCACAACCAAAGACAACAACGAAUAUCACUGUAGAACCUGCUGCUGUGACACAAACCUCUGUGACUUCAACCGAACAACCUCGUUCGAAUCCAGUUGGGGCUCAAGGGUAA